GGUUGCCCCUUGCCCGCGGGCCCGCCCGCCUCGCGCGGUUGUCUUGGAGAGGGACGCGUAGGCGACGCCACUGCGGUCGGGUCGGAUCCGGUUCCUGGACGCGGAACAGAGACCCCCUGAUUCAGCCACCCCCAGAGUGAGCCGCAUAGAGUGCAGUUCUACCUUCCCGCCCCGACGAGGGUGCCAGAGACGCUGCGGACAACACCAGCAUGUCGAGCGAGCAGAGCGCCCCGGGGGCCUCGCCCAGGGCCCCGCGUCCGGGGACCCAGAAGUCGUCUGGCGUGGUGACCAAAAAGGGAGAGCGCGCGGCCAAAGAGAAGCCGGCGACCGUUCUGCCUCCCGUGGGCGAGGAGGAGCCCAAAAACCCUGAGGAGUACCAGUGCUCAGGGGUCCUCGAGAUCGACUUCGCCGAGCUCUGCACGAGGUCGGGCUACACGGACUUCCCCAAAGUUGUCAACCGGCCCCGCCCUCACCCGCCCUUUGUCCCCUCCGCCUCUUUGUCAGAAAAGGUCACCCCAGAAGACCCACGGCUGUCGGGGUCCUGCAGCCUUAACAGUCUGGAGAGCAAAUACGUGUUCUUCCGGCCCACCAUCCAGGUGGAGCUGGAGCAGGAGGACAGCAAGUCGGUGAAGGAAAUCUACAUCCGCGGUUGGAAAGUUGAGGAACGGAUUCUGGGUAUUUUCUCUAAAUGCCUGCCCCCACUCACCCAGCUACAGGCCAUCAACUUGUGGAAGGUGGGGUUGACAGAUAAGACCCUGACCACCUUCAUCGACCUCCUGCAUCUCUGCUCAUCCACACUCAGGAAGGUGUCUCUGGAGGGGAACCCACUGCCAGAGCAGUCCUAUCACAAGCUCAUGGCCUUGGACAGCACGAUCGCGCACUUGUCUCUGCGCAACAACAACAUCGAUGACCGCGGGGCGCAACUCCUGGGCCAGGCGCUGUCCACGCUGCACAGCAGCAACCGGACCCUGGUCUCGCUCAACCUGGGCUUCAACCACAUCGGGGACGAGGGCGCGGGCUACAUCGCGGACGGCCUCCGGCUGAACCGUUCCUUGCUCUGGCUGUCCCUGGCCCACAACCGCAUCCAGGACAAGGGCGCCCUGAAGCUGGCGGAGGUCCUGCGACCCUUCGAGCUGACGCACACCGAGGUGGUGGAGCGCCGGCGCCUCCUGCUGGAGAAAGGGACGCAGGAGCGCUCGCGAUCGCCCUCCUCCUCGAGACACGGAGACUCCAAAACAGACCGUGAGAAGAGUCAGAUGGUAGGGAUCAGCAACAGCGCACUGGUGGACAAGACAGACAAGACGCAGGCAAUGAAAACCCCUAAGGGCCUGGGCAAGAAAAAGGAGAAAUCAUGGGAAUUGACCAAGAAAGAGGAGAAGUCAGGGGCUGGGCAGUCGCCCACACAAGGAACCCCUAAGAAAGAUGACGCCACAAAAGCAGGCAAGGGGAAGGUAACCAUCCCUGAGCAGAAGCCAAGCAAGAUAAAAGGGAUCAAGAUCGGGAGCAGAGAGAAGCGCAGCCUCCUCCCAGAGUCGGAGCACCUAGGACAAAGCCUGGAGCAUAGCCGGCAGUCAAAACAUCAGCUGGUUGUUGAGGCUACUGAGGUGAUCAACCCUCUCCUGGAGCCAGUGGAGCACCGAGCUGGGAAAGUUUUCAUGCCUGGGAACAAGGUCCUUUUGCACCUCAACCUUCUCCGGAACCGCAUCACAGAGGUGGGGCUGGAGGGCUUCCUCGCCACGGUGCAGCACCAGCUGCAGUUCUCCAAGGCCAAGAGUGUGUCCAAGGGUCCAGUGGGGCUGCUGUGGCUGUCCCUGGCUAAAAAUUGCUUCGCUCCACAAUGUCCUGCGUAUGCCAAGAUCCAGGAACUGAUGUUGCCAAGGGACCCCAUUAAGGUCAAGCUCAGGGAGGACGAGGCCAUGGCUUUCUUCCCCUAGCCCCUCCCACCUGCUUGCCUCUGAGCCACAGAAGCACCUCCUGUCCCUGUGUGGACUGACCUCCCCGGGGGAGUUCUCAAGACCAAUAACAAAGCCUGUUGCUAUUCUUUUCCUUGAUGUUGUCUGAAAACUUCUUCCAGAACUGCUUAGAACAUUUGGAUUUUGUGUGUCUGUCCAUGUUACAUGGCCAGGAAUGGCUAAAAAGUGAUGGUCUGCAUUACAGUUCUGCUGGGGAUGAUCUCAGCUCCCUGGCCUUAGCUAGCCAGGAACAUUGCCUUUCUGCCUCCUGGGGGCUAGUUCUUUCUGGCUCUGGCAAUAGCCAUUCCCCCACUGUGUUGCCUAGGGGACAUGGAUUAGGUCAGCGUUUGCAUUCAGAAAGAUCUGGGAUAGGGAUUAGUAACUGACACACACAGGCUUGGGAGAAGGCGUGGAAGCAGGAGCAGGUAAAGCAGAGGGACGGAGCACACGGGCUCCACACCCGCUCCCUUCUGCCUCCCUGCCUGGCUGGCCCACGUGUUUGACUGGUUUGGAGGAGCAGUAAAGGGCUCAGGUGAAGAGAAUGAACAAAGGCUUGGCAGGCCACUUUGGAGAGGGUGCUGAACUCCCAACAUCUACACAGCAAAGGCCAAGCAUUGAACAUGAACUCUAGUAACACGGCCUGCAGAAGUCAGCAAUCUGAAACCAGAGGUGUGAGGUUCCUGAGCCCAGUCAGGGGCCCCAAACCUUUACCCUUCAGUGCUGCCUCCGCUGAGGUCCCCUGCCAGUGCCCAGAGAGCAUAGGAUGGCUUCUGGGGAGCCUCCCUGUAACCUACAGGAAUGUUUGAGAAGGCGCAGACAACACCGUUCCACAUUCUCUAGUCCCACUUCCCUCAUUCCACUGCCUCUGCCUACCUAGAGUUCCCUUGUCCUGCCAUCUUACUAGGUGGCUCAGUGGCACCUGGGCCUGUCUCCUGCCUCAGUGCCUGGAGCAUUCCUGGUCUCACUGCCUCAGCGCCUGGAGCACUCCUGGUCUCACUGCCUCAGCUAUCUCUCUGCAGGUAGCUGUGGAGUGAGCUUCUCCAGGGAAAACCCAUCAUUUCUUUGAAUUCCCAACACUGAACGCAUUGAGGUGCUGGAUGACGGUCAGUCACUCUAGCUUCUGCUGGGAACCCUGCCAUGUCCUCUAGAGCUUCGGUGACCCCUUCAGCCCAUAUCCUUAUCUCCACCCUUCACCAGUAAUGACUCCUCUAUCAGUUCUGAUGCCCAACUAGACUGUAACCUAACGAGGACACAGCUGAGGAUUGUGAGAGGUACAGGAGUCAGGGUAUUGGAUAUUUAGGGCUGGAAGAGAAUUUGUCACUGGAAUCCAACACUGAACGCCAGGAGACAGGGGUGGUAUGGCUACAGUCUUGGUGAUGUGGCUGUGUCUGUGGGAUGUGGCUGGGGAUGACAGUGAGGAACUGGCUGGGCCUGAGGGAACCCUCCUGCUUAGUUUUGGCUUUUAAAGUACUGAAGCUCAUUGAGGGCAGCUCAUGAGACCCCUUGACUCAGGGUCCACUAGCUCCUUUAUGUAUAUAUGUGUGUGUGUGUGUGAGUGUGUGUAACUGAGCUCAGUGUUUUGUCAUGUUUUCUCCAUGGGGGUUGUAUAACUUCAGUUUGCCCAGCCCUCAGUUCAGUGAGUGCACAUCUGAAGCUCUGGGAGGGAAGAGGCAAGAUCGGGGUCUGGGGGUGGGAGGGCUCCCUCUGGAUCCCACUAUCCAAUCCUAACCAGUCUUACAGGGAACAAACACUGUAUCUUUUAUCACAGCGAUUCCAAGAA